UUCAGGCCGCCUGCUGGUUUGCAGUCCGCUGGUCUUGCGCUUUGUGUGGCUCCCGGCGCUCCGAGCGGACUCCAGUUGCUGCGAUAAUAAAACAUGACGAUGUAUGUAAAAGCGUGACUGUGCGGAGAGGUUCCAUCCCAGUGGGCGUAAGGUUUUCCUUCGCGGCCCCUCCGCGUCUGGCCUCUCCAAGCUGAAUUUGAAAAAUCUUAAGAUUCUCAAGGUCAAAAUACAGGACGUUCUGAAACUGUGAAAUCAUGUGCUCCUAGCACAGAUGUCUUGACAACAAAUGGCCCCAGCUACCCCAGAUCUAGAACAAGAGACGAUUUGAAAGCCAAGGGUUCCCCCCCACCUUUCAUCUUUUAAAAUGGUAGUACAUUUUCACUGAGUGAGGGAAAACUCAGCAAUGAAAAAAAAAAGUUUCGGGUGGUGCCUGUGGCUCAAGGAGAAGCUCAAGGCGCUGGCCCAAUAUACCGGAGGUGGUGGGUUCAAACCUGGCUCCAAAAACUGCAAAAAAAUAAAAGUUUCCUGUGGCAAAAUCCUGAAUGUUCAUUUAGCCCCUGAGCAAUGGGUUGGCUACACAAAGUUAAGACUGUUGUGAGCGAGAAGCUGCUCCCUUUUUUUCCCCCGUAGAAAGCCUGAGAAGUCAUCAUGGCAGAGAAGCCCAAGCUCCACUAUCCCAACGGGAGAGGCCGGAUGGAAUCCGUAAGAUGGGUUUUAGCGGCGGCUGGAGUCGAGUUUGAUGAAGAAUUUCUGGAAACCAAAGAACAGUUGCAAAAGUUGCAGGAGGGGAACCACCUGCUCUUCCAGCAAGUGCCCAUGGUUGAAAUCGACGGGAUGAAGCUGGUGCAGACCCGAAGCAUCCUCCACUACAUAGCAGCAAAACACAAUCUCUUCGGCAAAGACCUCAAGGAGAGAACCCUGAUUGACAUGUAUGUGGAAGGGACCCUGGAUCUGCUGGAGAUGAUUAUCAUGCAUCCUUUCUUAAAGCCGGAUGAUCAGCAAAAGGAAGUGGUUGGCAUGGCGCAGAAGGCUAUAAUUAGAUACUUUCCCGUGUUUGAAAAGAUUUUAAGGGGUCACGGACAAACCUUUCUUGUUGGUAAUCAGCUGAGCCUUGCGGACAUAAUUCUUCUCCAAACCAUUUUGGCUCUAGAAGAGAAAAUUCCUAAUAUCUUGGCUUCAUUUCCUUUCCUCCAGGAGUACACAGUGAAAAUUAGUAAUAUCCCUACAAUUAAGAGAUUCCUUGAACCAGGCAGCAAGAAGAAGCCACCUCCUGAUGACAUCUACGUGAGAACAGUCUACAAUGUCUUUAUGCCGUAAAACAUAAAUAUAUGCUCUAAAACAUAUCUGUCUGUGGGUGAGAAUGUGUACCUAGAGGCGGCUGUGUCCAUUGAUUCCAGCUCUGUGCUGUGUUAAAUCGGGUCCUAAAUUGGGUUGUUCACCUCAAGGAGAUCUUCCUUUCUAGAAAUACCAACUUUUUUUUUUUUGAUCCAGUAAAUAAUUGUCAUAGGAAAUCUUUUUUGGAAAACCUUUUGGGAAAGGUUGAUGUUUAAAUUCGAUCUGAUCGAGUUACUCAUUUCCUAUAGCUAGUCCCUCCUGAUGAGGAGGAGGGGCAGAAUCUCAUGUUCUCCCCUGAGCGUUUUUCUACUCUCUUUAUCCUAUUUCUUUCCAGUCUCUUCCUAAUUUUUAGUGUCCAAUAACAACAAAAUGUCUAGUGAGUGACUUUCCUCUGAGCUGUAAUAAAUCAAACAGUAGUAAUGAAUGCAAUUGAUAUUAGCCAAAAUAAAGAAUUUCU